AUGUUGGAUCGUUGUGGUCUGGUUGCAGGUUCUCGUAAGGAGUUAAGUGCUUGUCCUUGUGGUAUUGAUGGCUGUGAUGGUGCUGAUGGCCGUGAUAAUGCUGAUGGCCGUGAUAAUGCUGAUGGCCGUGAUGGUGCUGAUGGCCGUGAUAAUGCUGAUGGCCGUGAUAAUGCUGAUGGCCGUGAUGGUGCUGAUGGCCGUGAUGAUGCUGAUCGUGCCGAUGGUGGUCGUGUUGAUGCUGAUCGUGCCGAUGGUCGUGAUGAUGUUGAUGGUCGUGAUGAUGCUGAUGGUUGUGACGGUCGUGCCUUAGAACUUGCUGUACGUGUUGCUGUUGCAGGUCUCGAUGGUGGUGCUGCAAGUCUCUUUGCCAGCUGUUGUUGCUGUGCUGGUCACGAUGCAGAGGCUGGUGGAAAGGCUGGUGCAGGUGCUGCAGGUCUCUUUGCCAGUUGUUGUUGCUCUGCUGGUCCCGGUGCAGACUCCGCUCGCGAUGUGCAGCGUCAUAAUUUGUAA